GGGGGGGGGACAAAACUCUCCUGAAAAAAAUCAAAUCAAGCAUUUUUGGCUGCACCAAUCACACCCCUUUUUUUAAAUUUAUUUUAUUAUUUUUUUUUAAAUACGGGAAAUCCUGCAUGGACUGGCUAAUACUAAGAUGAAUUGAGAUCGCUUAACAAAACUCUGGGGGGUGUGUGUAAGUAUAGUUUAUGUAAGUAAAAAACAAUGGCAUGUGCUGUUAUAAUAAACAAGUUGGUCUGGCGUGAAGCAUCAUUGUUACCACCCCAAAGUUGAUGAUAAAAUUUCCUAUAACAGCAAAUCCUGGAGUGUUGUUCCUCCUCUUUAGACAGGUUACAGACAAAAGAGAUGACAUUCCCUUACCAGCCUUUUUUGUCUUUAUUUACUUUUUUUAAAUUUAAUAAAACAAAAACAUGCAAUUUUUCCUGUUAUCAAGAAACCAGAAUGUGUAAAGUCAUCUGUCCUGAAGAUUGUUGAUUUGCCUUGAUACCAGCACUACUGUCAAAGCUUGCUGUUUUUGGACAUUAAUCAACAAUUUAUAAGCAAGCAUAUUUGAGAAUUCACAUUAGUAAAUAACUUCAUUACCAGACCUUGUUAUACCCAAAUGCUACUCUUGCACUUUGGUUAGUCAGUAACAUGUUCUGUUUCUGGCCUAUUUAUUAUGUACUCCUGAAAAGCUUGGUGAUUAAUGUUGAGAUCAAAUUUUUAUCAUCUAUACUUGGUGCUACUUGUUUUAGUGAUUUGGAGUCUGCUUUUGUGGUGGGUGGUUUUUUUUUGUUUGUUUGUUUGUUUUUUUUUUAAAAGUAACAUUUUCAUUAUGUUAAAAGUGAGAAAUUGAUGUCUGCGAUCAGUAAUGGUGUGUUGUAUUAGUUGUUCCUGCAGUGGAGCAUUAUGAGGAGGAGGCUGUGUUGAAUCACCUGCAUGGUUUACAGCUUGCACCCACACUAAAAGAUCUAGUUCCUGAGCUGGUGCGCAGAGAGAUAGAAGUGGCAAUGAGCAAACUUGGGCUGCUGUAUGACCAUACAUACACAUGGGACAUUUUUUCUGACAUGAUGAGGAGUCAGCAGCACCUUGCUCUGAGCAGCGAACUGCCAAAGCCAUUUACCAAAAAAACACGUGCCAUUUUGGUGGACUGGCUCAUUCAGGUUCAUGAAGCAUUUAACUUCUCAGAGGAGACUCUGUAUUUAGCAGUGCACCUGCUAAACCGUGUGCUCCGGCUUAUCAAAAUCUCCAUCUCCAGUUUACAGCUUCUUGGUGUUGUCUGUCUGUUUCUUGCUGCAAAGAAAGAAGAGUGCCUGCUGCCAGAGGUAUCUGAGCUGUGCUACCUAAUGGCAAACACUUACAGUAAGAAGCAGUUGUUGCGGAUGGAGCGCAGAGUUUUGUGCACACUGGAGUUUGACCUGUCUCUCACACCACCCAUUCACUUCCUGCUUCUGUCUGCGUACAUUGCGUGCUGUGGUGAGAAGGUGAUCUGCAUGGCACGGUAUCUGUUGGAGCUCUCUCUCCUUGAAGCGGAGUGCGUGUGUUUUAUUCCAGUUCAACUGGCUGCUGCUGCUCUUCGUCUUGCACGCCAUCUCAUUCAGGAGCCACACACACCUGAGAGUGAGGCGGCCUGGUGUAUUGCAUCUACUAUUUACUUGGGCAGUCUUAUCAUUGUGUACAGCGAGGCAACACUCUUCACAAUCAUGCACAUCAUGGCCGCUGCUGCAGUGCGAGCUCACAACCAAGAAACUCGAGCGACAUUUGUCAAAUUCUCUACAAAGGAGAUGCUGUAUGUGAGUCUGCAUCCUGCACUGAAGAGUGCUCUGUGCCUACUGAGCCUACAGACCUGAACAAUAUUAACAGUAAAAAAUAGUGUCUGUAACUGAAUGUUUGUAUCUGUAUUUUGUUACUUUUUUUUUUUUAACCAAUUUGUCAAAAAAGUUUAAAUUUGUGCUUGUAUCCAUUUUAAUUAUUUGAAUUAAAAUUGCUUGUUGGAAAAUUAA